AUGUCACUCUGCCAAAUCUGUUCAACGCUCAACAUUGAGCAGCUAGAUGCCACAGACGUCCGGUUUCACCCUAGCCUGAAGGCCCUCCAGCAGAGUGCCGAUGCGAAAUGUCCCUUCUGCAACCUGUGCUACACCCGCGUCAUGGAUGACGUUCAUCAUAGCGUAACCGACGCCCUUCUCAACGAUCAGAUACCGUCAGGCUACGAAGAGGAGACGUUUGUUCCGAGCAUCUGGCUCCAUGGCGAGGUGAGGCAAGGCAACCGCGCGCGCAGAUUCAUCGAGCGAUACAUCAUUGCGGACCAUGAUCCUAAUCUCUACAUAGACCUAGCAGGUUGGCGUUUGAGAAAGUGCAAAGACUCUCACAAGCUCUGUAAACCGAGGUCCUCGGAGAUGCCAACUCGCGUCAUUGACGUUGGUAGCAUCGGCGAAAACCCGAGACUGAUAGUCACGAGUGGCCUUAGAGAGCCAUACAUUGCUCUUUCCUAUUGCUGGGGGCCCGGUAAAGACACGUUCAUCCUAACACACAAGACCAAAGAUGAGCUUCUGGAUGGCGUCACAGAAGAGAAGCUUACCCAGACUCAUCGAGAGUCCAUUCGGUUCGCACGCACGCUCGGCAUUGCGUAUCUCUGGAUCGAUGCCCUUUGCAUCGUACAGGGCGAUGCCGAUGACUGGGCUUUCGAAUCGCAACGCAUGGCACACGUCUAUGGCAACGCGGCUUUGACCAUAAUUGCUGGUCGUUCGGAUGACGCGCGUAACGGCUUUCUCGCAAAUGGACUUGAUCAAAAAGCCCCGCCUUGCACCUUGCCGCUUAGCCCAGACACCAAAGACACAAUCGGCGUCUGUCUUCCGAGAUCUACCCUCAUCGGACCAGUGUCCACGCGCGGGUGGUGUUUUCAGGAAGAAAAGCUCUCAACGCGGGCUAUCAUAUUCGGCCAGGAACAGACCAUCUACCAAUGCCGAGAGGAAAAGAACUGGGAAGACGGCCAAGUCGAUUUCCAAGACCUCAAGCCCACUUUCCUCACUCCUGGUUUCUCCACGGGCGCCCCCCAUUCCGCGGCUGAUAAGGAGACCACCCUCUCAAUGUGGUACGAGUUCGUCGACUCGUUCACAAUGAGAGCUCUAUCGAACCCGCAUGACGUGUUUGCCGCCAUCGCAUCCAUCGCGAUUCUUGCGAAAGACGUGCUUAAGUCUCGCUAUCUCGCGGGAAUCUGGGAAGACGAUCUGGUCAGAGGCUUGCUCUGGAAACCACGUAAUCAAGUGCAUGCGUUUUUCAACACCGCAGUGACGCGUCCGAAACCAACUCCAUUUGCCCCAGCGCCGGUGAUUCGCGCGCCGUCAUGGUCAUGGGCGUCUGUAGAAGGUCCGCUUCGUCGCAUCUACAAUCCGAGAAAAUCGCAACUCUUCCAGGACAGCAACUACGUCAAGAUAAAACCCAAGUUGGGAACCAAGUGGACAGCCGCAGAGGACUGUGAUGUGACUGCCCUUCAUAUGCCAUCUUGUACGCUGCAAAUCUUGGGGCGCACGGCCAAGACAACCCUGAUCAAGACGGGCGUUGUCGAGUGGUUUGAGGCAGAUAAGACAAGGAAGCGUUGGCUACCUUACAAAAAGAUGCUGCCCCACUCAGUCUUGCUCGUCUCGAAUGUGGAGAAUCCAGGUACGACAGGCAACGGAGACAACGUCGUUGCUGUAGGCUGCUUUGAUGUGCCAGAGGAAGCAGCGCAGUUUGAAGAGGUAUGGGGUCUUCCGUUGAUAGACAAGGAAGGGUUGAUGAUUGUCCCGCACGAAGAGAAAUGGAAGCGAGCCGGUUGGUUCUGUUUGAGAGACGAUUCUUGGUUUGAGAAGAGUCCAGAAGUUGAGAUAGAUCUCGUCUGA